UAGAAAAUUACAGAACGAACGAAGGAUCGCCCAGCGUCUGCAACUCCCCCGCUUCUUCUUGUUCGUCUUCUCCAGACUCCUCUACAUCUCUCCCUCUCCCUUGUCAUGGUUCAUUGCCUAUGUUUAAAUACGCGUUUGAACUGCUUGUUUCUCAUCGGAAACAAGCGUCGGUUGCAAUUUGAUAUCUAUCACCAUUCACCAAUAUACAACUCUUGAGAGCAUUUUCGUGCCCUUCCUGCAACCCAUCGUCUUCUUUACCUUCUCCUCUCUGAAAGAGCAAGGACCAUCUUGCAGCAAAUGGCUCUGAUUUCCUCCAUCUUCGGUCGACGGUCUGAUCCCUUCUCCAUGGACAUAUGGGAUCCCUUCGACGGUUUCUUUGGCAACGCUGUUUCGUCCCCUUCUCUGCGAGCCUUCGCGAGCGAAACCUCCGCACUCGCCAACACUCAGAUCGACUGGAAGGAGACUCCCGACGCCCACGUCUUCAAGGUUGAUCUCCCUGGACUGAAGAAGGAGGAGGUGAAGGUGGAGCUCGAAGAAGGGAAGGUGCUCAAGAUAAGCGGAGAGAGAAGCAGAGAGAGUGAGGAGAAGAACGAAAAGUGGCACCGGGUGGAGAGGAGCAGCGGCAAGUUCCUCCGGCGAUUCAGGCUGCCGGAGAACGUGAUGGUUGACCAGGUGAAGGCCGCAAUGGAGGAUGGAGUCCUCACAGUGACUGUGCCCAAAGUACCGGAGCCAAAACCAGAGAUCAAAUCCAUCGAGAUCGCCGGUUGAUCACUAUACGCCAUUUGAGUUAUCAAGACACAAUCUUCUGAGGGAUUUGUCCAUGUGUUUUCUGUGGUCAUAGAAAAUGUUGUAUAAGUAUCAUAAUGUCUGUGUGGUCUUUACCUCAUCUGCUGUAAGUUCGUGUUUACUUUUGAUGCAAUGAAAUUGAGUUGGAUUUUUCUGUA